UUUGUGAUUUUAAGUUUUAUCAGAGAAAGAAGUUAACAAUAGUUCAACUUUUAUUUUAUUAAUUUUAUUCUACUAAUUAUUUAAGUAAAUUAGAGUAAAAUUAGUAAUUAAAUAAUCGAAAACAAAACCAUAAUUUAUAAAAUGUUUACCGCUAUUAAAACAUAAAUAAUGGCUUGAUUUCAUCUAAACACUAAUUUGUAAACGCAAAUCGCUGAAAAGAUAUACCGCAACUUAAACAUCAAAAUGUUGUCAUCUCUUGUAAAGGAUCAUCAAGCUAAGCAGGCUUCCAAAAGAAUUAUUCAAGAACAAAAAAGAAAAGAAUGUAUAGCUGCAGCGAACGACCUAACGCAAGCUCUCGUAGAUCAUUUAAAUGUGGGUGUUGCUCAGGCAUAUCUUAAUCAAAAGAAGUUGGACGCAGAGGCAAAACUUCUACACCAAGGUGCAAUAAAUUUUGCUAAACAAACACAGCAGUGGCUAGCUCUAGUUGAGAACUUUAGUAGUGCUCUGAAAGAAAUUGGUGAUGUAGAAAAUUGGGCUAGAAGUAUUGAAAAUGAUAUGCAAAUCAUAACAAACACAUUAGAACGAGCAUAUGAAACAACCAGAGAUCAACCCACCAAUGUGCAGUCAAUAUCAAAUUAUAAAUAAAUGGACAAUCAUUAUGUGAACAGCUCCACAAAGUACUAUAAUAAUACAUUCCAUAGUGAUUUUAUCGAUUUGAUAUCAUGUUUGAAAUAAAAUUAAAUAAAUGGACAUGCAGGAAUUCUUUCAUACAUUAUACUGCACAUGUAUUUUAUUUAGAGACUAAGAAUUUCAACUCCACAAUAUUUUUUUUUCAAUUGCAAUUUUCUGGAAAUCCUAGUAAAAUGUGUUUCACUCUGCCUUUCAAUAGAUUGCUGGACAUCUCGGGUACAAGAGCACAAUCAAGCUGUGAUGGCACAUUUUGGACAUGCCAGUUAUUGAUAUUUGUGCUGUGUGUCUUUUAGUUUUAAGUCUCCUUGUUGAUAUUUUUACAUUUAUGCAUAAAUAUUGUUGGUUUGUUGAAUAAAGUAAAAAAAAAAAACAUUA